AUGGAUUUAGAACAAGAUAUUAAGUACUUGUUUACAAAGUGGCUUGAAGAGGAAUACAAGGCCAAAGUUCAGAGAGGACUGCGUAAUGCCACGACCUUUUAUAGGGCAUUAAAGAGCGUCAGGCAGUGCCCUUAUCCGUUGAAGCAUCCUAAGCAGCUGCAGAGCUUGAAGUUUAUAGGAGAAAAGUUAGUGAAGAUGAUGACACAGAAAUUGGAGGAGUAUUGCUCUGAAAAUGGAUACAACUUCCCGGAAGAUCCAGAUGGUCUAAAGCAACCAGAAGAACCAGAGGGGCAUACGGAGAAGGAUAAUGAUGAUGCCCACAGUUCUAAGAAACGAAAACAUGAUAAAGAAGUGGCAGUCAAGAAGAGGAAGAAGAGAAAAUAUAUCCCUGCCAAAAAUACAGGUGGUUAUGGAAUUUUACUUGUGCUUUAUAUGUGUGAUGGGGAUCGUCAAGGGCUCACCAAGAACGAGAUUAUUCGACAGGUCACUCGAUUCUGUAGUGCCAGUUUCACAUCAAAUCCUUCCACGGGACAAUUCUACUCUGCGUGGAGCAGUAUUAAUACUCUACUUAAAAAUGAGUAUGUACUAUCACAGGGAAGACCUGUAUAUUACUACUUGACAGAAGAAGGAGAAGAAGUUGCAAAAAUCUUGGAGAAAGUGGAUAACGAGACGAAGAGUCAACAGCAAGGAGUUGAAGGUGAACUGGACAGUUCUCCUAGCAUUAAUAGAACUAGAGAGACAACAACUAUACAAAGUACGGUGGUACGAAAGGAGAGUGACCAACUUCCUUCUUCACCUUUGCUUCAAGGAAGCCGAUCAAACAAUGACGUUCUUCCCAGAAUGCAGUUCGAUGAUGUGGAUUAUCGAAUUUGGAGUGCGGGAAGUUACGAAAUCACAUUUGUAUCUGAUAAUAGAGAGGUUCGAUCGCAGAGUGACCGAGAUUUCUUUUCAAACCAUAUUCGAUCUCAAGGAGUCAAGUGUGAAGUAAAGGCAUUAUCUGUUGGUGACGGAGUGUGGGUGGCCAUUAAUAAGGAAACCAAGCAAUGGGCUACGCUUGAUUUCAUCUUCGAGAGGAAAAGGUUGGACGAUUUUGUCGGAUCUAUUAAGGAUGGACGUUUUCGAGAGCAGAAAUCCCGACUAGAAAGAACAGGAUUGAAGAGAAUCAUCUAUUUAGUAGAGGAGCAGAUGGCUAGCGACAUUUCUCGAUUCAGUGAAGCACUACAGACUUCAAUGUCAAUGGCUAUUACAUACUCCAAUUUCCAUUUGAAGAGAACCAAGGAUAGCGAUGAUACAGUUCGUCUAUUACUUGCUCUGGAUAAACGGAUCCAUGCUUUUUUACGAAAAUCAAUCUUUGGUGGUACUGGAGCCACGGAACUUGAAAUCACAGAGGGAUUAUAA